AUGAAGAUCAGAAUUCAGAAGAGUCCUGCUUCAGCAGCUCAAACGCAAAUGGGAUCCAGACAGAGUCGUGCUUCUACCACCAUUACUGCAGACACUCAAAGUCCUGAUCUCUUUGAGCCUAACAGUUCUCCUACACACUCUACCAGCUGGUCAAGGCAUCCUCCAAAAAACAGUCUAAGAGGCUCAAUUACCCCAGGCCAAAAAACUCCACUUACCAGGUUGGACAACUCCAUUACCUCUCAACCUAGUGAUUGCUUUGUCCUAUCUCCUACCAACCCUCUAUCAGCCACUUCACCAUGCAAUGUCCCUUCACCUACGCCACUCCUUCGUGCAGGAAAUGCUCGCCACCCCUUUGAGGUACCCUCUAUUCCUACCUCCCAGGGUCCCUCAAGGUCUGCUUCAUCAUAUUCACAGCCCCCCACAAACACUUCUCUGCCACAUCCCAGUAGCAGUGCCUCUGAGCGGAACCCUCCACAUCCUCCUCCUGCCCAAUGUGUGACCACCCAUGCAGCUCCGACUUCAUCAACGCACCGCCCAAACUCAACCCCUUCGGGUUUUCACCAGGGCAGAGCCUCGGCACUGACACAUGCGUCCCUCCUAGAAUCACUCCAAUUUGCCACAUCAAAAGCUCUUUACCUUCUCUCCCACCCAAACUUUCCUCAGGAUCAGGUCGCUCUGUCAAACCUACACGUCCUUCACCAUCAAAUAAUCCAUCUAGCUCAAAGCAGCCUGAGUGCUCUACCUCCUGCUCAAUCAAUGUAG